AUGGGGCAGCCCCUUUUAAAUUCUGGCCUCUGGGGAAGCUUUGCGUUGGCACGGCUAGCAGCAGUACUCAUGUCAAAAUACCUUCCACCAUCCAAGAUGCUGUGUUUAGAUUUGGCUGGCUGUCUGUUGGGAUCGGCUGUACUAAUUUCACAGAUCAAAGAUGGCGAUUGCAGUGCUGCAGACUCAACAAAAUUGUGGGUGGGAACAGUUAUUUUUGGCAUCUCAACAUCCUCAGUCUUCCCAGCUGGCAUAAGCUGGGCAGAGAAUUUUGUGACUGUAUCAGGAAGGACAGCAUCUCUUUUUCUAGUCACAUCAAGCACCGGUGGAAUGUUGAUUCCACUAUCUGUGGGUAGCACAAUAGGGGACACUGUGGGACCAUGCUCAUUAAUGAUCUGUGCUUUAGUAAUCAGUGUCUUGAUGACUGUGGUGUUUUUGGCAAUCUUGGCAGCUGCUCGAUACUUUAAGAGAAAAGGAAGCUUUGCUGGAAUGCUGUUUCAGCCAGGCAAGAGCAAAAGGGAAGAGCUAAGGGAUGGUCAACCAGAUGAAGUACAAGUUCUUCAACGCUUGGACAAGAACAAUGAUGAAUGUGACAAAGAAAUGGCCAUUUAGGAAACAAAUUUAUAUAGUUAUUUUUUUGAAAAUAAGUAAUACAAAUUUUUUCAAGCUUUUAUUUCUUAAUUUCUUUUAUUUUACUAAUUUAGUUUCAGCAUGUUAAUUUUCAACGUUUCAACAAGAACAAUAUAUAAUACCCUGAUUUCCACGUUCGUUCUCAAAAUAUCCAGGAUAAUAAAAACAAAAACUGUCCGGACGGUUUGAAAAAAACUGGCCGCGAACUCUUAAGAAUUACGGAACAAAAAAUACCUCUUGUACCCAGGGUAAAACAAUUAUGACGAAUCACUUGAUGAAUAUGACAAAAAAAUGACCAUUUAAGAAAUAAAUUAAAACAUUGUUAUUUCACGUACUUCAUUAAUGGGAGGCGGGAGGGGGUUGUAAGCCUAUAUGAAAUGGAAUUGCCCUGUAGGAAGUAUAGUAGAUCCUGUUGAUCUUGUAGAUCUUUUAGAUCCUGCGGCACUCUACAGGUGUUUUACGUGACAAUAAUUUUUCUCAACCAGUCAGUUUUCUGUUUGGCAUGCCUUUUAGUAUUUAAAUAAACCAACUACGCGAGACAAGCCAUGCGAACAACUUCGCAAAUGCUUAAAGCCAUGCCAGAUAGAAACCUCUGCUUGUAGGAAACAAUUUCCUUUUAGCAAGAACUUAAUAAUUCCAUCAAACUGAAGGGGACUGUAAUUUGCCAGUGGCUGUACAUGUUUGCCUAUGUAGCUUAGUAGCGAAGGGGAAAUUAUCUACCUCUCUUUAACAACCAAAUAUAAAAAUUAGCUAGCAAAAGUUGGGUGAACUUUGGUGUAUGUCUUUACAAUUAAAUGGGGAAAAACUAGCUCGAAAACCCUACCAAUGUCGGGAUCAGGACACACAAUAGAGUCUGUUUUCGAUUCAACAAUGCUGAUUCACAUAUCAGCAGGCUUGGCUAACAGGUCAACCGUUUUGCAAUCACUUGAAAGACGAAAGAAACAUAAUAAUAAUAAUUAAUUAUACCAUUCCAUUAUAUCUUCAUUUCCUUAAAUUUAGCUGUUUAUUGUUAUUUUAAUCGGUAACACCCGUUCAUUAAAAUCAAAAAUAAUGGUAAUAGUUUUGUUUCAGAAGGCCUUUCAAAACAGUUAAUUUCCCGAUCGCUAUUGGUGCCCUUUCGCUCACGUGUUUGUUAGCUCAAGUUACACUCUAGUAAAGGCGUCUACUGUCAGCAUUGCUUAGGGAGAAAUGAAUGCGUGACAAACGAACCCCUAGGGACAUUUGCGGGGAGGCUAGUUUUAGUUUUAGCUUUAGCUUUCCUUCCGUCUUAGCCUUUACGAUGUCUUAUCACUUGCGAGAUCGUAUUCCUCGUGAUUACCCAGGAAUGCACGAGGGGCAACAUGUUGAUGAUGACCAAGAUGAAUUUCAGGACAGGUUUUAGUACCAGCCACAGACGGCUCCCGUUUUGCCCUCUACCAACCAAGUUCAGCCCUGCAGUACUCCCUUUUCGGGGACUCAGACCAAUACCAGUGCCCCAAAUGAAGACGUAGUUGCACUAACCGCUGAGAUUGCACGGGUAGGAGCCGAGAAUGACGCUCUGGAACGCGAGACAGAGGUGGCCCGCCUGAAAGCCGAAUUAGUCACCCUACAACAACGGAAUGCACAACUACAAAAGCACAAACAGCUUCAGCCCAGCCCCAAUCCUACCAUUGUUGUUUUUGUUGUUGUUGUUGAUUAAUAUAAGUUACAGACAUAAUGUCAUCAAAAAACCAUCAAAGACUUUGGGGUAGUCAGUUGGGUUGAGUUUACGUAGUUAAAUCCCUUAUAUCUACCGACUCGACUAACUGCUCCUGGGUCUCUAUUUUGAAUAACAGUCCUGUCAACUUCUUUACUUGUCUCUGGAUGUUAAAAAUUACGUCUGGUGCAAAGUUUAAGGCAGCUGGCCAAGAUUGUGUUGAAAGAAAUGAAAAAUUAUUGCAUAAGAUCGUUCCACCAAAGGAGAUUUAGAAAUUCAAACUUGAAGCUAAUGUGUCAAUUAAGGAUAAAAUUCUUUUGAUUAUUAAAUUGAGAAGCCUCUUCAUUGAACAUCUUAUUUUGCAAUGGUUAAUCUUGAAAAUUAUGAGUCUCGGAAAAUUUUGAUCCAGUCUCCAAAGCAAUUGUUAUGAGUCUUGAAGUCUCAUAUUUUCCUAUUUUCCUUCAAUCCUGUCUCAGAGUCUUGAACUCUUUGCUGCACUCACUUGAAUUUUUUAGCAAAGUCUAAAAUAAACAUCUCCCAAGUUUGAUAAGAUCUUUAGCUGUUAUUUAAGGUGAUAUUUAAAGCUCUGCAUCUUAUUUGUUUUAAUUUAUUUAUUUACAGGGUGAAUGUGUGGCCAUCUAUGGACCUACCCUAAUAGAAUUGGCCUGCCACACAAGUACCAAACUAGAGAAUAUGUCAUAUGUGUUUAUGUCACGCUCAGUUGGUUACCUUGUGGGAAGCAUAAUUGGCGGCUGGUUGUAUGAUAAGUAUAAUGGCCAUGGAGUCUUGUCACUUUCCUGUGUUUGGAGCACUGCCAUGAUGAUAGUUUUGCCAUAUGCUACAUCUCUGGUUGGUUUACUUAUCGUAUACGCACUGUUGGGAAUAGGCCUUGGAGCGAUUGAUACAUGUAAGCAAAACUUGAGCUCACUUUAUUUGCUGCCAAGGGGGGGUACUCGGGAUUUCAAGGGAUGAUCGAAUGGAACCAAAAGUCAAGACCCAAAAAAACCCCUAGGGCUUCCAGCAAAACCCAAAAAAAUCCCUGGACCAAAAAUUGACCCCAAAAAAAUCCCAUGCCGAUUUUGUGGCCCUUAAAAGUUCCAGAAAGGGGUAAUGCUGUAACACAAAGAAAAACAUUGGAAAUUGAACACUCGCGUUUGUUUAUUCAUCAUACCUUCUGAAUAUAUCCUUUCCCUCAUCUGAUUCUUUUUAAUACCCCCAAAAAAUCCCUACUCAAAUCAAGCUACCCAAACCAAAUUUUCGCCCCCAAAAAAUCCCGGAAUCGAAAAUUUCAAACCCAAAAAAAUCCUUCCAUCAUCCCCGUCACUUGAAAUCCCGAGUACCCCCCCCCUGGGAUUUGCUGUAUUAAUUACCAUCAAUUUUAUUAGGUUAUAUGUUUCAAGAGUCUGUUUAAACUUACAGUAACCCCGUACAUAUGUAGUUCACUCUCAGUGUGGUAACCUAAUGAAACAUUCUAGGCAAAGAAGACCACAAGAGGAAAGCUAGCACAUCUAAGUUUUUUAUAGCUUUCAUUGAAAUGGUGACAAGAUCAGAUUUUUAAUCCACAGACUCAAAAAUCAACUUGUGCAGCAUGAUAUAAAGUACUAUAUAUUAACAGUAAAUUACUGGUCAGUACUGAGCUUUUAAUUCGAAAGCCACACUCACUUUUUUGUACACAGACUCGUAAGUAAAAACCAUUUUGUACAGUACUAACCAGUGCUAUGUUCAGUAAAAUACUGGUCAGUGGCCCAGGCAGACUCGCAAGAUCCAGCGCUCCUGGAUUUGAGUCUCAUUCUGGCCACUCCAAUGCUGGAUUUGUUCUUGGUUGUCCUGAGUUCAAAUUCUCGGCCACACUUAUAAUAACCUGCAAAUGGUUACCUCCUGCCAGUUGGGGUGUUUAUAACCCUGUUUUGCUCUAUUUGGAUUAUUUUUUCCAUCACGCUGACUACUUAGCCAUCCUGUCUGCUCUGGUCUCCUGAGGAUAAAGGUGGUGACUUGGUAGAAUUUAAUUUUCCCUUGCUAGUAGCUGGUGGCUCAAGUUGCUGGUUAUCACAGCUAAAAAAUAGAUGUUUGUACAACUGACUAAUGUAUUACUGAGUAGGUGCACUGGGGGCUUUCAAACCUUUGAUAAUUAAAUGUUGAUUCAGAUGAGUCUUCUGAAGGAAGAUCAUUGCAGAAGAAAGCCUGAAGGCUUUCUUUUUGCAACUGCAAAAGUGGUGUAUAUAACUGCGAUAAUCUUAAACGAUAUCCUUCACAUAAUUCUUCACUCCACAGUUCACAUAUAUAAUUUUCAUAUAUUCAUUUCAUAACUUCAAUAUAUACAUUGCAUAAUCAAUGUAUCAUACAUUAGGGUCUGCACAAUUGGGUGUUUGCAUGCUGCUCCAAAAAAGUGGUUGAAAGCUGCUUGUAUUUUGUCUAACUGGAAACAAAUAGCUGUUGACAAUGGUUCCAUGCUUGUUCUGUACUGUACUAUUUAUGUUCUCAAUAUACUACAUCAUUUUUCUUUUUUUUAUUGCAGGUGGAAAUGUACUUUUGCUAAAUGUUUGGGGAGAGAAAUCACCACCAUACAUGCAAGCUCUUCACUUUUUGUUUGCACUUGGUUGUUUCAUAGCUCCACUCACAGCUAAACCAUUCCUUCAAGAGAACAUUGUCCCUACAAAUAACUGUGUCAAUACCAACAGCAGUCGAUGUGCCAGUAAUAAUAGCAUAGGAGACAGUUCAAAUAACUUGUGCUUUAGCAAUUCCAGUGGAAAUACUUUUCCUGUUACAUGGGCCUUCUGGAUCUGUGCUUUUCCUCUUGCAAUCACAGGUAUUGGAUUCUUAGUAUUUGUUUUCAUCAAAUCAUGCAGCUUACAGGACAAGGAUACCAAGCAUGAGGAUGCUCCAAAGACCAAACAGGGUAGCUUGAUGUACAGAGUCACCUUUUUGUCACUCUUCUCUGUGUUCCUUCUGAUUUAUGUGGGUUUAGAAGAAGCCUAUGGAGGAUAUAUUUUCGCGUUUGGUAGCACAAGUAGUUUAAAGAUGAGCAAGGAUGGGGCAGCACUUUUAAAUUCUGGCCUCUGGGGAAGCUUUGCGUUGGCACGGCUAGCAGCAGUACCCAUGUCAAAAUACCUUCCACCAUCCAAGAUGCUGUGUUUAGAUUUGGCUGGCUGUCUGUUGGGAUCGGCUGUACUAAUUUCACAGAUCAAAGAUGGCGAUUGCAGUGCUGCAGACUCAACAAAAUUGUGGUUGGGAACAGUUAUUUUUGGCAUCUCAACAUCUUCAGUCUUCCCAGCUGGCAUAAGCUGGGCAGAGAAUUUUGUGACUGUAUCAGGAAGGACAGCAUCUCUUUUUCUAGUCACAUCAAGCACCGGUGCAAUGUUGAUUCCACUAUCUGUGGGUAGCACAAUAGGGGACACUGUGGGACCAUGCUCAUUAAUGAUCUGUGCUUUUGUAAUCAGUGUCUUGAUGAUUGUGGUGUUUUUGUCAAUCUUGGUAGCUGCUCGAUACUUUAAGAGAAAAGGAACCUUUCCUGGAAUGCUGUUUCAGCCAAGCAAGAGCAAAAGGGAAGAGCUAAGAGAUGGUCAACCAGAUGAAGUUCUUCAACGCUUGGACAAGAACAAUGACGAAUGUGACAAAGAAAUGGUCAUUUAA